AACCCCUGUAGUUGUCGCAAUUUUGUUUCCCCAACAAAAAAACUGUUUUUACCCACAUUCUAAGUAGUCAAAUACGGAGUUGUCUAUUUAUGCUCUAUGUCGGUCUCCCCGGUAUCCGUCUCCGAUGAGCCACUGACUCCCGCCGGCCGCCUUUUUCUUUCGCCGGAACUUGACACCAUCAUCCACUGUAUCAUCCGUGGGAAAGACCCCAUCAAUAUAGAUGCUGUGAAACAAACUAUUGAGUCCUCCCUCAUGCUCCAGCACCCCAGGUUCUGCAGUCUCCUGAUGCGGGACCGGAACGGGAACCAGUACUGGAAGAGAACCGAGGUGGACCUCGACCGCCACGUCAUCGUAAUCAACAGUGAGGAUGAUUCCGGCGCUGGUGGAGAGGAUGAUGACGAGGCGGCGGUCAACCAGUACGUGGCGGAUUUAUCAGUCAGCACCCCGCUCAGCACGGAUAAACCGUUGUGGGAAACUCACCUCUUGAUGGCCCACAGGUGCGCAGUGUUCCGGAUUCACCACGCCCUGGGAGACGGGAUCUCGCUGAUGUCGAUCCUGAUAACAUGCUGCCGGAAAAUUGAUGAUCCGGAGGCGCUGCCUACUAUGAUAACAAAGAGAGAUUCGGGUCCCAAAGAGGGGAAAUGGUGGGAUAGGCUGUGCUCGGUUUUGAUGAUGGUGUGCUUUACAUUUGUGUUUGUCUUGGAGUUUGUUUUGAGGGCUACUUGGGUUAGUGACCGGAAAACGGUGAUCAGCGGCGGCGCAGGGGUGGAGCUCUGGCCGAGAAAGCUGGCUACGGCCAACUGCUUACCUGACUCUAAUCCCAAUGAAGUUUGUUUGUUACUAAAUUCCGACUUGUCUAAGACUAUUAAUGAUGUGUUUUUGGCGGUGGUAUCAUCCGGGAUAUCAAGAUACUUGGAUCACCGGUCACAACAAGGCCUGCAGAAGGGUCUGCGGAUAACGGCAGAAGCCAUGGUUAAUUUAAGAAAGCCACCUUCGUUAGAGGAUCUAACUAACUUUAUAAAAAACAAUACAUUACUGCGGCUGGGUAACCAAUUCGGCGUGGUUCUCAUUCCUAUUUAUUGUCGCAAAAGUGGUGAUGAUCCUUUACAAUAUCUGAAGCAAGCAAAGAAGACAGUGGACCAAAAGAAACAUUCAUUGGAGGCUCCAUUCACAUACAAAGUUGGUGAUCUUGUGAUGUCUUGGUUAGGACCAAAGUAUGCUAGCGUGCUUAACUAUAGGAUAGUCUGCAAUACAACCUUUACAAUCUCGAAUGUAAUCGGUCCUCAAGAGCAGAUAACACUGGCCGGAAACCCAAUAGCUUACAUUCGGGUGAAUACGUCCAGCUUGCCUCAUGCACUCACAAUGCACAUGGUGAGCUAUGCAGGGAGGGCUGAUAUACAACUCUUGGUGGCCAAAGACAUUAUCCCUGAUCCUGAAUUUUUGGCCAAGUGCUUUGAAGAUGCAUUGAUUGAAAUGAAGGAGGCAGCUAUUGCAACUGCUAAAUGUUAGAACGUCCCUUUUCUUUUAUUUUUAUGUACUUGGUGUAGUUUUGGGGUGGACCAAAUAGACUGCAAGUGAAAGCACCCCAUACACACACUUUAUCCAUCUGCCGUUAACAUCCUAGAGUAUUUAAUCGAGGCCUGAAACUUUCACUGUCCAGUGAAAAGCAUUAAAAAAAAAAAAACAAAAAAUCUCUGUUAAACAAAAUAGGAAUAUUUGU